CCCCUGUCGUUUGUUGUCGUUGUUUACGGGAGAGAUGAAAAUGGCGUCUACUAGUAAUUUUUGGCUAACGGUCACGGCGGUUACCUGUAUAAAAUUUCUGUUUAUGAACUGCUAUCGAUCUACUGAUUUUGAAGUGCAUAGAAAUUGGUUAGCCAUAACUCAUAGUCUUCCUGUCUCAAAAUGGUAUUAUGAGUCAACUUCACAGUGGACAUUAGACUAUCCUCCUCUGUUUGCGUGGUUUGAAUUUCUCUUGUCUCAUUUGGCAAAAUUUUUUGAUCCGGCAAUGCUAAAUGUAAUGAAAUUAAAUUAUGCUACUAUGCCAACUGUAUUUUUUCAGAGAUUGUCAGUUAUAAUUUCUGAUUUUGUUUAUAUCUAUGCUGUAAAACAAUUUUCUCACAUUGUGAUGGAACGUAAUAAAUUUAACCAAAAUGACCCUUGGAUUGAACGAGGUAUGAUAAUUACCAUGCUUUUAUUAUGGAAUCCAGGAUUACUUAUGGUUGAUCAUAUCCAUUUUCAAUAUAAUGGGAUGUUAAGUGGCAUUUUACUUCUUUCUAUGGCAAGAAUGAUUCAAGAAAAGUAUCUGGAAGCAACAUUUUGGUUUUCUGUAUUACUCAAUAUGAAACACAUUUACUUUUAUAUUGCACCAGCUUAUUUUGUGUAUCUGCUGCGCCAUUACUGUUUCAUCCAAUCUAAGAAAGGUAGCAUAUUGGAAUGGAAAAACUUUUGUAUUUACAACUUCUUGAAAUUAUCUUUUAUUGUGUUAUCUGUUUUUUCUAUUUCUUUUGGUCCAUUUAUUUUAAUGGGUCAGAUGCCUCAAGUUCUUUCUCGUUUGUUUCCAUUUAAACGUGGUCUGACACAUGCUUACUGGGCACCAAACAUUUGGGCUGUUUAUAACACACUUGAUAAAGGAUUAGCAUUAGUAGCUUCAUAUUUUCAUCUGAAAGAAAAAACAGUUUCUGUUCAAGGUGCAAUGACUGGUGGAUUGAUUCAAGAAUACAAACAUGAAAUUUUGCCAUCCAUUAGUCCUUCAGUGACACUAAUUCUUACUCUUAUAUCAAUUUUGCCUGUUCUUUGGGUACUAUGGAAAUCACCUAAAGAUCCUUGGAUAUUUAUGAGGGGUUCAAUCUUAUGUGCUUUUGGUGCAUUUUUAUUUGGAUGGCAUGUUCAUGAAAAAGCUAUUCUCAUGGUUAUUUUACCAUUGACGCCUUUGGCUCUUUUUCAACGUUUUGAAGCUGAAGUAUUUUUAUUUUUGGCAACUAUUGGCCAUUAUUCUAUUUUUCCACUUCUUUUUAAGGCAGCAGAAACUCCCAUCAAGAUAUUUCUUUUGUUGCUACACAGUGUAUAUGCAUUUACAGCUUUAAGUAGAAUACAUCGACCAAGAAAAACAGAUGGUUUUCUUCCACUAUUGAAUACCCAAGAGAGCUUAUUUCUUUUAGGAUUAAUACCUUUACAGAUGUAUUACAGUUUCGGAAAUAAGUUAUUAGGAUUGGAUCAGCGUUUGCCCUUUUUACCAUUACUUUUAAUAUCCACAUAUUGUGCCUUUGGUAUUUUUCAGAUGUGGAUUAAAAUGUAUAAAGAUUAUACACAAUAUAAAACUCCUGUACUUUUUACGAUGGAUGGAAAAGAGCUGAAAAAAUCAUAAAAAUAUUUGCAAAAUAUUUUCUGAAAUGCAAAGAAGUUAACAUGUGGGAAGUUUUACUUUAAAAAUAAAUAUAAAUUUAUUUAUUUUGCAUUAUUUAUUAUUUAUAUAUACAUAUAUAUAUAAUUUCUCAUUACCUAAAAUUUUCUAAGUCAAAAUGUUUGUUUUGUUAUGUGUGAUUCACAAUAACAUAUCAAUAUUUUUAAUUAAGUGCAAUUUUGAAGUUGAUUUUAACAUACAAGUUUUAUAAUUAUAUAAAGUUAAAAAAAUUUUAAAAAAUGCUCUUUAAACUAUAUAAUAUAUUGUAAAAAUU